GGCUUUGAACGACACCCUCCCCCUCCCGCUCUUCCUCCUUCUCUCUUCUCUCUCGCUCAAGGACAAAAUUGCCGUCAUUUCAGUCUUAUUCCUGUGGACAGGACAAGAUAUGCGCGGAAGUUAUGGUCAGUUUGUAAUUAGUCCGGGUUUUCUGAAAAAUCUGGAUUUCAUGGCUGAAGCAAAGCUGUAAAACAAGGAGGAAUUAAGGAAACAAGGAAGGAAGGGUCGCUGCAGUCAUGGGGGAUCUAGAGAGUGGCUCAGGUGGCAAUGGGCUGAAAAGGCAUCCUGUUGAGAGCUCGUCUCUUCAGAAGAAGCCUUUGUUUCACUCCUGGUUCCAGUUCCUGAUCCUGCUUUGUCUAGUGGUCUUCAUCUUGUGUUAUACUCUGUCUAGUAGCUCGCUGUCGUGGUGGCAGAGCUUUCCACUCCAUGUGCAGUGGACCAGUCGACUUAAUCCACCUCGUCAUUAUCGCCAUCCACAACAAAGAGUUGAACUAAAUGAAAUCCACAAAACCACACAAGACCCUCCUGUAGCACCUACAGGUACUCAGUACCACCAAGCCUACCCACGCAACUACCACUUCAUCAUGGAUAACACAGAGGUGUGCAAAACCAAGACCCCUUUCCUGGUCCUGAUGGUUCCAGUUGCACCAAAUAACAUAGCAGCUCGUGACGCCAUCCGGCAGACAUGGGGCAAAGACAGCCUGGUUCAGGGCGAAGUGGUGCUCACUCUGUUCAUGCUGGGCCUCUCUGGAGGAGCUGAUGGUGAGCAGCAGCAGGAGAAGCUCAAACAGGAAAAUCUCCAGCACCAUGACCUGAUCCAGAGUGACUUUAUGGACACCUACCUCAAUCUAACCAUCAAAACCAUGGUGAUCAUGGACUGGCUGGCUACCCGCUGCCCUACGGCAGCAUACGCCAUGAAAAUUGACUCAGACAUGUUCUUGAACAUUGACAAUCUGGUGAUUAUGCUGCAGAGGCCAGGCAUCCCCAAGCUGAACUACCUGACUGGGAUGCUUAUGUGGAACAGGCCGGUUGUCCGUUCAAAGGACUCCAAGUGGUAUGUGCCUGAGGAGAUGUACCCGGAUCCCCAGUACCCCACCUACACUCUGGGCAUGGGAUAUGUCUUCUCCAACGAUCUUCCAGAGAAAUAUGUGGAUGUCUCAAAAUCAAUCAAGCCUUUUAACAUAGAGGACGCUUAUAUCGGAAUGUGCAUGAAAAUUCUAGGCCUUGAACCCACGUCACCACCAAACCCUUCCCAGUUCAAGGCCUACAACACAAGAUACGAUCGCUGUGAAUACUCCAAGAUCAUCACCUACAUUCUUGGUUCACCACAAGAGCUGAUAAAUUACUGGACAGACAUGAAAAAGCCUGGACCACCUUGUUAGGACAAUGACUACUGCCGAUGCACAGAGAAUUCACUUGGGUGGAAGAGGUAGGAUAGCAGGGUAUUGGGAAGUUAACUUAUUUAUAGAUUGCGACUAUACCUGUAUAUAGUUCUAGUACUUCCUCAUUUCAGAAAUGAGAAUUAAGAUCACAACUUUGGAAACACUGCAGAGGUUUCUGAGCAACUGCACUAAAGAAAUAGUUGGGUUUUUUUCCCUACUUUUAGGGUAUUUAAAGCUGAUGUGGGUUGCCAACCAAGAAAAUUAUGAAGGAAGUGUUUAUAUUUUCUGUCUUAAGAACAGUGAAAAUGUGAGUGAGUGGAAUUAAAGGCACUCUAAGGAGGUGGUGGUUGUACUUGCGUAUGCACAAAGGCAAACAUGCAUGCCAUGAGCACCAGGAUGCUUGGACACGUAUUUCUGAUCAAUGCAGGGUGCAGUAGUGCUGCAUAAAAGACGCAAUGAGUUGAAAAAACAGGAGAGGAAAACCACUUGAAGCUGAUGCAGCAAAUGCAGGUUAAAGAAAAAUACUUUGCAGCUACUGAGCUUUCAUUAUGUUUGCAGUCUGUAACUCAUUGUCAUUGCUUUGUGAUGGUCUUUUUCUUUCUGGACAUAUACAGUAAGUGGAGCAAAUUGUACUGUUCAUACUUACAAAAGCCCUUUGGGAUAAUAUCAGCUGUUGAAUAAAAUUCUCAGAGGCUGCAAUGAUGAUAUGCUGAUUGUAGUUAAUGCUUGCCACUGGACAGGUGAUGAUUAAUUGUCUGACUUGUGUCUGAGUAAACACAAGAUGAGCUCUAUAUCAUUUUAUCUUAACAGACUUUGCCACAGAUAGCUUGUGACACACUUAAUCUAAACGCACAUGACAUGCACGUCACUGUGUCAGGAACAGUCGAGGGUAAAUGUUUUGACUCACGAUUGCCUGCAGAGUGAACAGUGAAAAACAAUUACAUCAUAAAUAUCAUAUGGGAGAAUGAAUUGAGAAUGAUAGUUUUAAUGACAGUUUACAGCACUAAGUGUAAUUGUUUAUUUCGUCCUUUUAAAACAGUUCAUGCAAGAUCGAGUGCAGAAUAUAGUUUACAAUUCCUGCUACAGUAAAAGAAAAUAUACUGGGUAAACAAGUGGAACCAAACCUAUAAGGGAUUUUUUUGU